GAUCACGUGACAAAAUAUGGCGGCGCCCACGAUAUGUAAACGACAAGUUUUUGCAGGACAUGUUUAUAACCAAUUAAGCAUUCAACCUGCAUAUUAAUGAUACUAUCGGUGUUAAACAUAUACUUUGUGGUUCAAAUAACAUGGAUACAAUGAUUUGAGUUAAUCAAGAGUAGCUAACCACAAUCAAUGAAAGAAAUGGCUACUCAGCAAGAGGAGUGGAAUGAUUGGGUGGGAGAGUUAUUUGCCCCAGCUGUUGAUGUGACUGUAAAGGAUUUACUGGGUGAGAAGACACCAGAGGAGGAAACUGUGAUCAAGGCUAGGAUCAAACAUGUGUCUGCAUUUGAUCCAGAGGCGAUUCGUAAAGUAUAUGAGAGGGUGCGCCUCAUGUCUGUCAUGGAUGACGAGAUGAAGGCCCAGCAACAGUUACCAGGCACAGAAAAAACAGCCAUAACAGAUGGUGAAACUGUCGAAGAAAAACCUCAGAAGAAAACUGUAGAAGUCGAAUUGGACAAUUCAUGUAUCUGGGACUCUGAUGAAAUCAGUAUUCUCCGACAAGCCUUUAAAUCUGUCAAGGGAGAAAAUAUCAGACUUACAGGCAGAUGUAAGGAGUUAGAGAAGAGAAAUCUUUAUCUGGAAACACGUUUGGGAACUCUUUCCGGAGAGGUGGAAAGUAAAGCAGUUAAAAUAACAGACAUCAACAAAGCAAAUAGUCGUAUGAAAAUCCACUGUGAGAAAUUGCAAGAUGAACUUGACCAUGCUAAUGCACGACUAACAGCUAUGGAGGAAAUUUUCUCUGAGAUCAGUUCAGAAAAGGGGGCAAUGGUGAAAGAAGUGCAUGAAUUACGUGUACAGAGAGACAAAGACAGAAUGGAAAAGGGACGACUGGAAUUAAAUUUAGAGUCUGUUCAAAAUGCAGCAGAAAGUGAAAAACUUGCAGCAGGUGAAAGUGUCAAGGUACAAUGCCAGAUGGAAAUAAUGGAACUGGAGAAACGUGUGGCUGAGCUUACAGCAGAUCUAGCCAAUGAGAGACGAGUUCACGGCAUUACUAAACGAGGGCUAGAUCAUUUAAGGCAACACUUUGCUAGUCUUCCUCUCUCCAAUAUAGUGCCCCCAAAUUCUGUACGGUCAGAUCAAGUGUCAAGGUUCCAGUACUGAUAGACAUCACAUAUCUAUCUUUAAAUGAGCCUUGCUCAAAAAUAAGCCCCCUUCUUCAUUUUUGCAGAAUUGUUAAUAAAUAGUUAGCUGAAAAGUGGCUCAGAUAUUUUCCUUUUUAUGUACAUGAGUUAUUGGUUUACUGCCUUUAUGACUCUGCCUACUUCUAAGUAUUGUCUCACAAACUAGCCGGGUAUUGUCAUUGUUCUGUCAGUGUUCACAGAUAAGCCUUUCCUUAAAAUAUUACCUUUUAUAACUUUGAUACUAUAGGGGAGGAUAAACAGGGUACUAUAAGCUAAAGGUGGUUCACAAAUAAUAGCCCACCCCAAACUUUAAUAGUCAAUUAUACUAGGGAUAGGGGGCUUAUUUUAAGAUAAAAACAGUAUUAAGCCAAUUGUAGACACCCCCC